AUUGCUUCCAUAUUAUAUACCGUAGCAUUGAAUGUUGCGUCCUUCGAACUAUUACGUCCGAAUAUUGGACGCAAUAAAACCAUCCUGAUUUUAUGGACUUCCCACUACUUCUACUUAAAAAUGGCGCCUUAGUUAAAUGCAGAUUUCUAUAUUUAACCAUAGCCCAAAACGUCAUGCCGCUCUCUAGUUAGAUUUCUGAGAUAUUAAACUUCUCCUAAAAAUCGUGAGACGCAAUAAUAUUCUAAACUUGUAACCAAAUGAAUAAUGUUAGUUCAGCGAGUUGACGAAAGUGGCGCGGUUAUAAUAUACAUAUUUACCGUAUACUUCGUUUCCUUUAGAACAUUAUUGCGUCAAAAUAGGAGAUAUGACAACGUUGCCCAGAGUAUCUAUUUUUAGAACAUAACAGAAUCUUUCGACCUUGGCUAGUUUGUUUUCGGCGGUUUGUUUCUCGUUGAUUUUAAUAUAAUCAACUUGUUCGUCCUGUUGCUUAUUGCGUCGUAUAUUUAUUGUGUUCUUUUAAUCCUCAAACAAAUAGGAGACCGAUUCAGAUAACAGCAGUGCUACAAACUUAAGUCAAAAAAAUCUCAGGAUUCUCACAGAAACUUGUACCGACCACCAGUUAAUCCAUGAAGUGAAAGAUGUUUCAGCCCUCGAGUCAACGAUAACUGGGGUACAAGAACAUAUACACAAUUACAAUAAACAAAAAUGUAGAAAUACAGGUAAUCUCGAACACCCUUACAAAAGAAAACCAGAUUAUUGUUACUACUGUGAAACGGAAGUUCUUAAUUUUGGUCGCCAUAUUAUAAGGAACCAUUCAAUGGAAGUCGAUGUGGCUGAAAUUAUCUCCAAACCAAUCAAAUCAUGUGAAAGAAGAAGUCUAUUUGAUAAACUCUAGGAAAUUUUUUAACUGAUGGUGGAAACUGUUUCAAGGCUGUUAGACAGACUUAUGUACCAGAUCGGGUUCUCAUUCAUUGUGACAAUUGUUUAGGAUUUUUCUCUUCCAAACUAUUAUACCGACAUAGAAAAAAAUGUGGAAAUAGAAGCAAUCAAGAGAAGGCACAAUUUGCUAGCCAAUCAAAAAUGUGUCCCAACAUUAAAAUUGAUCAUCGAUUAAAAGAAGAAAUGUUUCUCAGGAUGAGAGCGGACAGGAUUUCAAUGGAAGCCAAGAACGACUUUCUAAUUCGUCCGUUUGGAACCCGUUGUUUAAAGACGCACAGAGAAAAGCAUUUUAUAGCAGUUACAUCACGCAAAAUGAGGGAAUUGUCAAAAAUAUUUAAAGAAAGGAGAAAAAUAGACCCAUCUAUAUCCACUAUGUUUUCAGCAUUGCGACCAAAGUAUUUGAUGCCUUUGUUGAAACCACAAAACGAAUAGCUUGUUAUGAUCCUGAAAAAGACUUGUCUCCAAAUGUUGCCAUGAAUAUAUGCCAUGAGAUCACUCAAACAAUGUUGCGAUUUUGCAAUCACUUUUGCCUAUAAGAAACAAACUGCAUACUUAUCUGUUUCAACUGCUACAAUUGAGGCAUAGCUUAAAACUUUAAUUCAUCUAUUUGAGGCAAACUGGAGUAUUGAGGCCUCAACCCAAGCAGCUAAUAAUUUAAAUCUUAACAAACGGAAUAAGGUUACAAUAGUUCCACUAGCGAAUGGUCUAAAAUUGCUAAGAUCCCAUUUAGUUAAACUUGCUGACGAUGCAACGAAAAUUCUGCAGAAUUAUUUGUGACACUACAGUUGAAAAUGCACCGCAAAAGACUAACUCCAAAAAUGUACUAAAAUUAGAAGAUAUUAAAGCGUUUAACAAUCUCAUUGAAUCUGUGUACUGUAGAAUAAUUUUGAUAAACAGAAAACGUUCUGGAGAAUUACAGAGAAUGUCCUUUUACACUUAUGUUAACUCUAUCGGAAAUCAAAAAUAUGAAGAGUUUCAAAAAGCAGUUUCACCUUCUGAAAAAAAAAACUAUUAAGUUCAAUGAAGACAGUAGCCAUUAGAGGUAAGAGGGGCAGGGGUGUUCCAGUUUUGUUCAACCCCGAGGUACAAAAUCAUAUCGAUACUUUGCUUGCGGUUAGAAAUGAAUUUGUACCAAGGGAUAAUCCUUACCUAUUUGCUCCUGUUAAAUCUUCUUCACAUUUAAUCAGUUACAAAAUAUUAGGAGAGCACGCAAAAUUAUCCGUUGCGAAAGAUCCUACUUAUAUAACAUCGGCUCGUUUGCGUAAGCAUCUGGCAACUUUAUCACAAUUAUUAAAUUUAUCUGAUGGAGAGAUUGAACAAUUAGCUACUUUCAUGGGAUACAGACAGAACUACAGAAGUUCCUACAGACUGCCAGAUGAUAUUUACCAAACUACUAAAAUAGCGAAACUGUUGAUGGUAAUGGAGAAGGGAACAGCCAACAAAUUCAAAGGAAAAUCUUUAGAUGAAGUAGAAAUUGAUAUGGACAAAAAUAUUUUGGAAGAUAACUUUUCUGAAAGCGAUGUUGAUGUUGACGAUGAGUUAAAGUGUUGGCUACAUGAUGAUACUGAACCAUCAACUAGUCAAAUACGCCAGUCAAUGGGAGCAAGGAUAGGAUAUUACCUCCAAAUUCUAUCCUACUGCAUGGAUUUUAAUGAAAUUUUGGGCCUAGCUUCUACUUAUCUCCUAAUUCAAAGUCUACCCUAUCCCGAUGUGUGCUUUUAUCUUGGGGGUGGUUCCCACCCCUUCUUAAGGGUGGAAAAUUUUUUGGUUAAAAUUACCACGGAAUUCGCUAGAGAACCUAAUUCUAAGCAAAAACUGUUCCAUAAUUUUUUUUUGAAAACUCAAUACUUUUUGAGAUAUUCGUGGUUGAAAACCCUUUUCGAACGGUUUUUUGCGAAUACCUUAAAAACUAUGCAUCUAACUAAGAAAACUAUAUUAAACAUUUUUGUAGGUUAUAAAAAAACAAAGAGAGACUUGCCUUAUUAAAUCUUCCAGUUAUACAAAAAAGAGAUAUGGUAGGUGAAAAUAUUUUGUUUUUUGGUACAUUCUCAAAUUGGUGUAUUCAACUUGAAAUAACAGAAAAACGGUCGAUUUUAGGUGUAUAAUGCUACUAAUAU